AUGAAGGCCAGAACACCUGCGGUGCAUGUCUACGAUACCAACACUGGCCGGUGGCUACCCCCUGCCGUGGAGGAGCCCUUUUUAAAAGGUUUUCCUCCUGGAGCUGGUCUCUCUGGGCACUCCGUGGUUCCCUUGGUAACUCAAGGUAACACGCCUGCCGCUCUGGUUAUUGGCCGAGAAGGCUCGCUGCGUAUGCAACGUCGACAUGGAAACGCAUAUAUUCUUCGUGGACAUUUUGAGCGACGGAAAGACAAAGCCAGAGGCGACCUUGACUCCAGCCAAUCGUAUUUCACCUACUCGGAAUUACCCUCCGUCACCCAAUCACGAAGCCACCACACGACCACACCAAUGAGCAAGCACCUAGCCGUGACCUUCGGUGGUCGGUCGACGGGGCUGGUGGAGACAAUGACAUUACCUGAGGACACAAGUCUUGACUGCAAGUCGUUUCGAUGCAAAGCUGUUGCACAGUUUCUGCAGCACUUUACACCCACCGAAAACACGUCGAUUCUUGAGGCUAAAGCCAAUCAGAUUGGACUGCGUGGUCACUACGCUGUUUCCGGUGGUGAUGCCAUCCUAAUUGGGGGCGGUGAGAGCUUCGACGCCCUAAAGAGGAACCCCAACAGUGACGCCUUCAUCUACAAAUUGAACUCGAAAAAUCCUCUCCACUUUGUCGGUGACUUGGCAGAAAAACGCUGCUACGCAGUGUGCACGGUGAAUCCCACUGACGGAACCGCCUGGUUACAUGGCGGCCUUGGACGGAGCAGGAAACCGCUUCGUUCGAUGGCUCGACUGGUCUUUUCGGCAGACCCUAGAAAUCAAGAAACCAUCCAGGACGAUUGA